AUGGCGUCACGUCUAUGUCCAACACGAGCUAUGCUCCAAAUUCCUCGAUAUAUGCCUACUUUAAUUACACGUACUCAAACUACUCAAACGACACCAACAGCAGGCAAAGGUAUUCCACCACCAGGUAAUUUCAAUUCUGCUAUUCCUCCUGCUGCCAGCAGUGAUCCUAGUGCUAAGAAAAACAUUCCACCACUUGGUGGACCUGCUGGAAAUCAAGCAUUUUUAGAAACACCAGCAGGUAAACUCGGUGCUGUUGCUGUAGUUGCCAUCGGUCUCUAUGCUGGUUAUAAAAUGUUAGGCGGUAGUAAAGAAGAUCCAAAAGAUGACAAAAAAAAAGAUUCCAAAGGCAAAGAUGAUAAAUCAGGCGGUGCCGAUAAGUCAGGGGGUGCUGAUAAAUCUGGUGGUGCCGAUAAAUCAGGCGGUGCCGAUAAAUCAGGUGGUGCUGAUAAAUCAGGUGGUGCCGAUAAAUCAGGUGGUGCCGAUAAGUCAGGCGGUGCCGAUAAAUCAGGUGGUGCUGAUAAAAAAGGUGGUGAUGACAAAAAAGGUGGUGAUGAUAAAAAAGGUGGUGAUGCAAAAGACAAAGGUGGAAAAAAAUAA